GGCCUCCUCGCCUUUGCCAUGGUGUCCUGGAUCAUCUCCCGGCUGGUGGUUCUGGUUUUUGGCACCCUGUAUCCUGCCUAUUCUUCUUACAAAGCUGUGAAGACGAAAAAUGUGAAAGAAUAUGUUAAAUGGAUGAUGUAUUGGAUUGUAUUUGCCUUCUUCACCACAGCAGAAACGCUCACAGACAUCAUUCUGUCUUGGUUUCCCUUUUAUUUCGAGUUGAAAAUCGCAUUUGUGAUCUGGCUGCUCUCUCCUUAUACCAAGGGAUCCAGCGUCCUGUACAGGAAGUUUGUUCACCCAACGCUCUCCAAUAAGGAGAAGGAAAUAGAUGAAUAUAUUAGCCAGGCCCGUGACAGGAGUUAUGAAACUAUGAUGCGUGUUGGCAAGCGAGGAUUAAAUCUGGCAGCAAAUGCAGCAGUUACUGCAGCUGCAAAGGGCCAGGGGGUUUUGUCUGAAAAACUUCGGAGUUUCAGCAUGCAAGAUUUGACUUUGAUUCGAGAUGACGACACAAUGCAUUUGCAAAGUCCCGAGUCACACAUGCAUACGUCUUCUAAGGGCCAUCUUGAAACUAUCGAUGAUUCAGGUGCAUCUUAUUACUCUUCAUCUGAGGACAUGGCUAUGACUCAGAGACAUAAUGGAACACAGUCUGAUUCUAGAACUGAGCCAUCUGAUGAUGAUACAGGAGACAAAGUUCCGAAACGAACCCAGAGCCUUAAAGCUCCUAAGAAAACAAUAAAGACUGAGCCUCCACAGAAGGCAGUGAAAGCCCGUCCCAAGAAGAAAGCUACAGGCUCCACUCCUGUCGGUGAAUCAGCCUAA